UAACUCCGACAAAGGGCACAUUGUUUUGUCCUUGCAGCAAUUUUUUGGCUUUGCGCUAUAAUAAAAAACAAAACAAAAACAAAACCAAAUAAAAACCAUGUUGUAACAUUUCCACUGGGACACUAUCUGGCGUUAGCUCAUCGGAUACAUGGCUCCCAGGAUUUUCCCAUUAGUCAAGAAUGACCCUCGAGUGAUUCUGAUGAAGCUGAGCCACACUGCACCCAGCACAGGGCUAAGAGGGGAACAGCAAGUGCAGCAUCCUGGACUGCGUUUACAUGCAUCAGGAUUGCAUCUUCUUGCAGUGGACUGCUUUGAAUCCGAAAGCCAGUGUGCAGGGUUUACACUGCAGAACUCAGCGGGGUUCGAGAGGGAAUCGAUGCACUCGUACCCCCAGCCCAGCUCCCAUGCAGAAUAGGGUGCUGGUGAAGGUGGGCGUGGCUGGAGGUGCCGUGUAUGUUGCGUAUGACGAGGGGAUGCUGGGCAGUGGCGAGAAGGGGUCUGAAGUCCUGAGAAAGGCCAAAGCAGCCAUCCCCCCUGCAGUGGACGAGUGGAUGAAGUAUUUUGGCUGGGAGCUUCCUGCUCCACCCCAAAUCGAAUUCUCACCUUCUCAGGCCUGGAACUCUGGAGUUCAGACCACCAUGUCCGCCCUGUCUGUGGCCCCCAGCAGAGCCCAGGAGUACACUCAGCGAGGAUGGCAGUACGUCAAGGACCUGACCAAGUGAGGGAGGAACACUCCCACCACACCGGCUUCAGCCCAGACCAGUGGUUCUCAGCUCCAGACCCCAGGAGCCUGUAACUCUCCAGGUUUUCAUUCCAACCCACACAAACUGGCACCACAAGUAUCCCUGAAAGUCAAGUGGUCCCAUGGUUCUGUAGUUACUAAGCAACUGUAAAUAAAAUAAAUAUUUUUAACAGUUUUAAUGGAAUAUAAACCUGUUCCCUUAGAAACACUUGGCGUUCAGGGUCCAUCAGCCCAUUAAAAACAACAAAAAACAAACAAACACACAAAUCUUACCAUUGGACCCAGAAGUAUUUAAUUUAUUUAUACCUAGAAAACCUGGAGUGGAGUAAACCUCCAGGACCAGAGUUGCCUACUUCUGUUCUGCAGUCUCUAAGACUGUGCUCCUGGUUGGAAAUAAUUCCUGUUGCAUAGCAGUGAAAGUCCACUCCAGGUUUUACUGUGAUCUCAAUUAAGGCACACCAGAUCUCCACUGGGAACAGAUACACAAUAUAAGUGAGCCAAAUUGAGCUCAAAACUGCUCUGCAACAAAAGCAUCACUUCCAGGGCUGCUGACUUUUCUCCUGCACUGAAAUGUUUCCCCCCUCCUGAAAUGAAAGCCUGGUCUGGUGGGGCUGUCCCAGAGCCUGGAGUUGAGCUUCCUUUUACACUGAAAUGAAGACUGUCAUUAUAUGUAAAUACUACUGAUAAAAAGUACAAAUAAAGCUUAAACAGAAAUAAAAUCCA